GUCAUCGACCCCACCACAGGUCAGACCGUUCUUCCUGCCAACGCAGCCGUCAACCAGCUUACAGGUCAAGUUGUAAACGCCCAGACCGGUCAGCCUCUCGCAGUGGUCAACCCGACAACAGGACAGCUAACGCCCGCUAUCGCAGCUCUGGCCGCAAACAAUGCCGCACAGACAUUCUGGGACCUGACCUGUCUGGAGUUUUGACGUCCACGUCACUGGUUCCCGGUCAAGCCUUGCCCACCCCCGUCGCAAGACAAUCAAGAGCAUGCAACGUAGUUCGAAGUGGCGAGACCGUUCCCUUCCGCGUCAACCCGAGGGGCGGUACCCGUCUGACGUCAUCAGAGUGCGACGCCAUUGGUCAACUCUUGGACAAGUUUGUCCCGACCUUCCUGCAGAACUUCGUACCCAGCGACAUCGUCAGGAACGACCUCGGAAACAACAACAACAAUAACAACAACCCAAACAACAAUAACAACUUCCUGCCCAAUGACUUCAUCCUUAACAACAACAAUAACAACAACAACAACUUCCUCCCUAACGAUUUUAACCUUAACAAUAACAAUAAUAAUAACAACAACAACAACCUGUUCCCCUCAUCUUUCAUCAACAACAACAACUUAAACAAUAACGACCCCGGCAACAGCUUUGUGUUCGGCGGCCCCACCACCGCCACCGGCGCCACCAACAUCAACGAUUUCAUCAACGUGAGGAACGACGGAGACAGCUGCACCAUCGCUGUACCAAACAUCGUGCCACAAUGCUAGGCGCGACAGCGUUCAAGUGCACGAUGUUGAGUAGCUUAGCUUCGUCAUGACGUUUAUGGAGACUAGUGUCUCCAGACCAUCAGACGAUCGUACACAUGUUUUGUUAUUAUUAGUAAGUUGCACAAGAAGAAAGUUAUCUACUUUACGCAACUACCGCCUAGGUAGAACCCAACAUUUCAAAGGUUCAAUUACCAAUAGGUAUAGAAUGCAAUGAUUCUGAACCUGUGAAGUAUGACCCAACUGUCUCAACAAUGUAUAAUUUCAUCCAUCAUUGUCUUCACCCUUUCACAGCGAUGUAUGGAAGUUAAUAUACGAUAAAUGAAUGAAUUGUAUUUGGCGUAUCCGUGUUACCUGCUUUGCGUGAGAUACGACUGUCAUUAUCAAUGCUGUGUUCAUGACUGUUGUGCCCCUAGCCUGGCCAUCUGCAAGGUUUUGGUAUUUUAUGUGCACCCCUGAUCCUCUUUGAACAUACAUUUUGUUUGAUCAAACUCUGUCCAUUCUCUCUAACACGGUAGCACGUCACGUAUAAUUAAGAAACAAAAUCACCGUCUUGUCUCUUACAUAUGUAGUGAAAAAAAAUCUCCAUACAUUUGUAAUGAUAUCCCCUUACAUUUGUAACGAUAUUCCUUUACAUUUGUAAUGAUAUUCUCUGAAUGGAUGUGUACAUAGCGGACCUCAACUUCUACUCCUCCAAUCACCAUACUCUUUUCUUUUCAUCUCUUUUUCACUACUGAGAAAUGUACAUAGUAUAACAAAACAGUUAUUUAUGUAAACAAUUAUAAUAAUGUUUAUACUUGCAUGCCAUAUUUAUCUUUAGCCAUAAUGUUCAUGGACAACAACGUGAAAUGUUCAUAAUCAAUUAGAAUUAAUGACGUGUUGAUAUGACUUACAUUUUCUGAAUAAUAUAUAACUUAUUGUUGAUCCAAUCUGGGUUUUUGAAAAUGUUUGGUCAGAUAUGUGUCU